AUUAAAAAGGCUGCCUGCUAAGAGGAGUGCUGGGGCUUUGCCUAGCAGAUCAAGAAGGAAACUCCUCAGCAAGAGAAAGUUCAGUAUCCAGAUUAAGCAGCUUUAUAGACCCUGUCUGACCAUCCGAGGUGAGAAGGAGGCUGGAGGAGCUUUGUCAAGACAACAGGCGAAAGAGGUGGCUGCAUUUCAGUGCUGGAUGAUCAUCUAGUCUGCGAUACACUAUGUCCAAAGAACAGACUAAAGCGCUCACGCCGGAAAAAGAGGGACGUCCACAACUGGGCGAAGUGGAGGGGAUUCUGCUCUCCCAGUCCACCUGUAAUGAAUGGCAGCGGAUCCAGAGUUUCCAAGCCAGGCCCGACGAUCUGCUCAUCUGCACCUACCCCAAAGCAGGCACAACAUGGAUCCAGGAGAUAGUAGACAUGAUCCAGCAGGAUGGGGACUUGGAGAAGUGCAAGCGUGCCCCCGUCCACCACCGGCACCCCUUCAUCGAGUGGGCUCGUCCGCCCCAACCCUCAGGUGUGGAACAGGCUGAAGCCAUGCCCUCGCCACGGACCCUGAAAACCCACCUCCCCGUCAAACUGCUACCUCCAUCCUUCUGGGAACAGAAGUGUAAGUUCCUGUACGUGGCUCGUAAUGCCAAGGACUGCAUGGUCUCCUACUACCACUUCCAGAGAAUGAGCAAAGUGGUGCCUGACCCAGGCCCCUGGCACGAGUAUUUUGAGAUGUUCAUGGCGGGCAAAGUGGGCUGGGGUCCAUGGCACGACCACGUGAAGGGCUGGUGGAAGGUAAAGGACAUGCACUGCGUGCUCUUCCUCUUCUACGAGGACAUGAAGAAGGACCCGAAGUGUGAGAUCCAGAAGGUGGCCCAGUUCCUGGGAAAGAACCUGGACCAGGAGCUUCUGGAGAAGAUUGUCUAUCACACAUCAUUCGACGUCAUGAAGGACAAUCCCAUGGCUAACCGCUCCGGCAUCCCCGUGUCCAUCAUGGACCAGUCCAUCUCCCCGUUCAUGCGCAAAGGGACUGUUGGGGACUGGAAGAACCACUUCACUGUGGCACAGAAUGAACGCUUUGAGGACGACUAUGAGAAGAAGAUGGCUGGGACCAAUCUGACCUUCUGCAUGGAGCUCUGAGGACCCUGCCUCUGAGCCUGGCAGGAUCCACCCAGCCUGCCACAGCCACCCCUGUAGGCCCCUGAAUCUCUACCAGUCUUUUCCAAGGUGACAGACCUUCUGCCAUGGACUACUCCCAGGCUCAGCCAAACCCCAGGGCUUUUCUGUGGGGCAGUGGUGUGGGUUCUUCCACUGUAUAACCCUGUCCUCUCUGUCCCAUUUUCACAUCUUCUUCCCUUCCCAUUCCCACCUACUGUUCCUUCCCUCCUCCUGACCCACCAUGG